GAGCGUAAUGACUGGAAGAGCGACUCAGAGAAACACCCAGAGACAGUCCUUCACGGCCUUGUACUCAAUGGCUGCUGAGCAGGACGUAGACGCAGAUGACGACCUCGCACGGGCGCAAAAGAGAUUACGGGAGUUGAAGUCAAAAAUAUCCUCACAGUCGAAGAAGAACUUCGUUUUAGAGCGUGACGUACGUUAUUUAGAUGGUAGAAUCGCCCUUUUGAUCCAAAAUCGUAUGGCUGCCGAUGAGAAAGAGGAAGUCGCACAAACGUUGGAGGAAACUGACGAUAGCGCUGGUUGGCUCGAUGAUAGGAAGGUACAGCAGUACGCAAACUUAUUCUUCUUGUUGCAAUCUGAACCAAGGCAUAUCGCCGUACUUUGUCGACUCGUUAGUCUUGCUGAAAUCGACACUUUAUUACAAACCGUUAUGUUCACUCUUUAUGGUAACCAAUACGAGUCACGUGAAGAGCACCUUCUACUUACAAUGUUCCAAUCCGUUCUCUCCGCACAGUUUGAGACCGCAACCGAGUUUGGUAGUCUUCUUAGAGCUAACACCCCUGUAUCAAGAAUGAUGACGACAUAUACACGCAGAGGACCUGGUCAAUCCUACCUCAAGAGCGUCCUCGCUGACCGUAUAAACUCACUCAUUGAACACAAAGACCUCAACUUAGAAACCAAUCCACUGAAGGUGUACGAGCAGAUGCUCAACUCUAUUGAGGAGGAGAAGGGUGUUCUUCCACCUGGUUUACAUAGAGGUGUAUCAACUGAAGUAGCAGCUGAAAAUCCAGAUGUACAAGCUAUAAUCAAGCCAAGAAUAACGAUGUUGAUAGAAAUUGCAAACUCUUUCCUUUACACUAUUAUUGACUCAAUCGAUGCUGUUCCAUACGGUAUAAGGUGGAUAUGUAAACAAAUUAGAUCACUCACUAGAAGAAAAUACCCACAAGCAACUGAUUAUGCUAUUUGCUCUCUUAUUGGUGGUUUCUUCUUCUUAAGAUUCAUAAACCCUGCUAUCGUCACUCCACAAGCAUAUAUGUUGGUUGAUGGUAUACCUGCAAAGCACCCUCGUAGAACGUUGACAUUGAUAGCGAAAAUGCUUCAAAAUUUGGCUAACAAGCCAAGUUAUGCUAAGGAAGCUUAUAUGAUGCAGCUUAACCCAUUUGUUGAGAACAACAAAGCCAGAAUAAACCAAUUCCUCAACAACCUUUGUGAGGUUGGUGACUUUUACGAUCAACUCGAAAUGGAUCAAUAUAUGGCACUCAGUAAAAAGGAACUUCAAAUAAACAUCACACUCAAUGAGUUGUAUAAUACCCACGCACUACUUAUACAACAUAUGGAUAUCCUUGCGCCACAGAGCAAGCAACAUCUUAGGAUACUUCUAGAUGAACUAGGUCCAUCACCUACUCUCGUACCUAGAAAAGACAAUCGAACCAUCAAUCUUCCAAUGUUCAGUAGAUGGGAGACGCCUAUACAAGAUUUGACAACUGCAUUAAUGGCUGAAUCUAAUAUCACACAGAAUGACAUUUUAUAUAUGGAAGCUAAAUCGAUUUUCGUUCAAUUAAUUAGAUCAAUGCCAGGUGCAGAUAAGAUACCAGUUGAUUUGCCAGCUAUAGCAGAAAGAGCCGCAACCACAAAGGAUCCAAUACUCGUUAAGAAGGGAAUUAAAGUGAAAGAAAUGCUCAGAGAAUUAGAAGAAAUUGGAAUUAUUGAUAGAAGCGAUGAAUACAAUCUUAUGCAAGAAGAAGUACAAGCUGAAUUGGCACAUUUAGGUAACAUAAGAGAGAAAGUUUUAGUUGAAUCUAAAAGUUUGGAUAGUGUCUAUAAAACUAUAUGUGAUCACAACAAUUACCUUCGCUCACAACUUGAAUCCUAUAAAGCAUACCUUGCCAAUGUUAGAAUUAACUCAUCAAAGGAUUCAAAAUCCUCAGCUGGUGGUGUAGGUGUUGUAACCGUCGGUGGUAAAGAGAAAAAACCUGCGAAAUCUCAUAUAUUAGGUCCAUAUAGGUUCACGCAUUAUCAAUUAGAGAAAGAAGACAUCAUUCGUCAAUCGAACGUACCAGAGAAUAGAAGAAAUAAUAUUUACUUCAACUUCACCUCACCUACACCGGGUACAUUUAUAAUUGCAUUACAUUAUAAAGGUAGAGAGAAAGCGAUCCUCGAGAUGGACUUGAAGAUUGACGAUUUACUUGAAAAACAAAAAGAUGGUGUCAAUUUACUCGAUUUGGAGUACGUUCAAUUGGAUGUUGAUAGAGUUCUAUCUUUACUCCAAAAAUCUUUCUCAAAGAGACGCUAAAAGGAAACUCUUAGAAAUAACUCUUGUUGUUUGCACAAUUACCUUUCCACUUUAUUGAGAUCAUUUUUGGCAGUUUCGUUAAUUUUUGGAACAUUUAGAAGACUCUUUAUUGCAACUCAUCGUUUUUUUUCUCUCAAUCUUAGAUACUAGUAAUAUUCACGCACAGGUCUAUAUAUAUCUCACUCAUUUCUCUCUCACAACUUUUUUUACCCUUAAUUCUUUCUCCACUCUUGUAACAAUUUCACCC